UGGUUGUGAGUACACUGAUAUUAGUGUUGGGGUUUUGGUAGCAGCUUGACCUUCGAUUUAUAUGCUUGUCCUUCCUUAUGCGAGGAACUCUUUUAGAGGCCCCUUCACCAGCAUGUUGGUUAAGUUCCUGAGAUGGACACCACCUUUUGUGCAAUGGUUGUGAUCAUGGCUAUAUUGACAACUUUUAAACCCAUUUUUUUAUUUUCUUUUUGAAAAUAUGCAUUUACAUUAUCAUAUCAAAAGUUACCAAAAAUUACAAAAAACAUCCACGGUGUUGGAGCAGGGGCGAUACCCCAAAACAGAUCAUGUAAGAGUCGCUGUACAUAGGAGACAAUGCAUAUGAUAGAGCUUCGAGGGAAGUGGAAGCCAAGGUGUUGCCGUGCCAUAUGGUUUGCCAUGCUUCUUAGAGUUUCUUGCUCGCCAACAUUGAUCAUUGAGCUAUUCCAAAAAUGUCAUGAGGACCAUCCAAUUGGGAAAUUUUUUGGGGAGUGUACUGAGCUCAAGCUCAAGCUUGACCGCUGUUUUAGGGAAGAAAAAGCUUUGAGGAGAAAGGCUAAUUUUGAAGAGAGCAAGAAAUUCAAGGAGAGAUUGAAAGCAUACAGGAAGGAGAUGGCAGAUAAUUGUUCCUGAACAAUUAUACAUAUAUAGUAAAAUAUUCUGAGUACAUUCACAAAUAUAAUUUAUGUAGUCUAUAUUGUUUGAUUAAGCUGUAUUUUUUUUAAGGUCAUUUGCACAUGUACCCCACAACUCUUAUGUAUUUACAUAUGUAUACUAUAAAAUCAUUGACAUUACAUAAAAAAUA